AUGGCAGGACGGCUGUGGCAGGAGGCCAAGGAUGCAUUGGCAAGUUUAGCAGACGUUGCGCAAAUGUAUGAUACCGACGGUAUCGACGUUUGCUUCCUCAACAGUCCGGUGAAAGGACGGAGCCUCCGAGGUGCCGCCUCCGUUAAACGCCUAUUUGACAUGGCGAUGCCGUGGGGCGCCACUCCCAUUGGCGAACGCCUGGAAGAACUUCUCUUGGAUUACUUGGAUAAACUUGAAAGGGCCAAAGACAAUUAUGAUGCCGGAGACAGAACGGCAAUGGAUGGGAUCAAGCCGACAAACUAUAUCAUCAUUACAGACGGAGCACCCACUGAUGAUCCGGAGGAGGUAAUCGUCAAUGCUGCGCGUCGACUCGACGCGCGACAUUUCCCGCUCAGCCAAGUUGGAAUACAAUUUGUCCAAAUUGGUAACUUCCGGUCCGCCACUGCCUUCUUGAACGAAUUGGAUGACUCGCUCUCAAAGACACAUGGUAUCAGGGAUAUGGUGGACACUACCCCGUAUGCAGGCCAACUGACCGUUGAGAAGCUCACAAAGAUACUGCUCGGUGGUAUCAACCGACGUGUGGAUAGAAAAGGUGGGUUGAGUGUACUGGAAUGAAGCAAGUGGACAGGUCACUUGCCUGUUAUCAUCAAGAUUGGAAAAGUGAGGAUCGCUUGGUAAAGAAUACCCUCCCCCACCUUCUUUGGCUUUGGGCAAGGUAUGGUACAGUGCUAAAUGAUGAGCCGGCUGACAUGCCCGGGAGGUUCGCAAGAAUCAUAUGAGUCCAUAAGUAUCCAAAUAAUCCUUGUAUCUGUACAUCUUAUCACAACUAUGCUUCUCUACCUAUCCCAGUCCUCCAAGGAGAAAGCAAGGACACCAAAUACCUGACCCGACUCCCCAGCUCCAGCCGCCAAACUCUCGACACCUCGGCGUAUAAACUUUACCAACCCAUCCAAGUCGGACGACAUCUUAUCGAGGCGAAUGAAGAAACCCUCU